AUGCAUCUUCGAGGGACACUGUGCUUCUUUGUAACACUGUUUUCAUUGACACAGGUAAAAGAAGCUUCAGCAGGCUGUGACAUAACAUCAGUAACAUCACCCACUGCGUCGUCUCUCAUUGUAAAAUGGAGCACUUUUCCUGGAGCGACAAACUAUGUUCUGGAGGUCAAGGCUGUGAAUUCAAGCACAGCAUCUGUUUCUAUUCCACCACUCGCUCCGUCCACUGUGGAGAAACUGGUCCAAGGCUUAAGACCGGGACACAUUUAUCAAGUGACUUUUAAAGUGUUUCUGUUGAGUUAUGUGACAUGCAUCAGCUCCCAGAUGGCACAGACACUUCCCGCCACCUCGCAAAUAAUAUUUUCGAAAGCAAUAUCGAGCACCUCGAUCAGGUUUGACUGGUCCAGUGCGCAAGGAGCCGAUAAAUACUUUUUGAUGGUGGAGGGAACUUUCCACAGUGAGACUCACAACCUCACAUUCACCACUCUAAAUGGACAGGUAAACAACCUCCGCAACAACACCGCAUACAACUGUUACGUCUAUUCCUCUAAUGCCGCAGGAAUCGGCGCCAAGAGUCUUGUUAAAACCAUCAGAACAUUGGUGCAGCCUCCAGAUGGCGUGAGUGUGAGCGAGUUAACUUCGAGUAUGGCUCGCGUAUCAUGGUUCAGCGUCCCAGGCGUCCUGCUCUACCAGGUUUCAGUCACAGCCAGUAAUAAGCCGGGAACUGGCCCUGUUCUUAGGAACGUCACCAGCACCGCUGUGAAUAUCUCAAGCUUGGAGCCAUGUUCAACAUACACAAUAGGGGUUGCAUCAGUCAACAUGUUCCUAGAACCAGGAGACCCUAAAAACAUCAGCUACACAACUGCCACCAUUUCAACAGUUUCCUCCAUCUCUGUGGAGUACAGCUGCACUACCGCUAUGGCAUCGGUUAGUUGGGUUGCAGUGUUUGGUGCCAUGUCGUACCGUGCAGUCAUAACAGAUGGCCAAGGACAGUCGCUUAACUGCACAUCCACGGGCACAGCCUGCCAGAUCCCAAUGCUGAAUUGUGGAGAACUAUACUCCGUACGGAUUAUAGCCAUUGCUAACUGUGAAAGCUCCUCCGACGGCAGCUACAUCUUUGAGACAGCACCCUGCCCACCCAAAAAACCGCGGCUGUUCCGUGAGUGUUCCAGUAACGUCAUCGUGUUUUCGUGGAAUGCCACCAACAGCACGGCUUAUUAUCACGCCCUGGCUAUUGACUCGGGCGACCAUGUAACCGAUUGCAUCACUGUUGACACCUCCUGUUACUUCACCGACACUGUCUGUGGCGAAAGCUACAGGUUCUACGUCAAAUCCAUCUACUCCGGAGGACUAGACUGCGACAGCGGAAACACAGAAGAAGUGGUGGUCAACACAGCUCCAUGUUUGCCACAGAACGUCCGCACAACUACAAACUGUAAUAACAUCGGCAGUGCCGUCACUUCUUGGGACGGGCCUGAAGGAGCCCAAACCUACACUGUGGAGGCCCGCGGUAAUCGUAGAGAUUUUUACAACUGUACGUCUCAAAACACGAGCUGCACACUAACAGGGCUGGAAUGUGGAGAGAGCCUGAGCGUGUGGAUUGUUUCGACUGAUGGUGACUGUACUACUGAUCCUGUGCUGGGAGAGGUGGCAGAUACAGUUCCCUGCAUUCCUCAGAAUGUGUCCGCUGUGGAGACUUGUAGUUCAGACACUGCCUCAAUCACAUGGCUCUCUAGCAACGGUGCCAUCUUCUACAUCGGAAUGGCGACACAUGCGGAUGGAACAGUUCACACCUGCACUGCCAUGAUGACAGAGUGCUCAUUCCAAAACCUGAAAUGCGGCGAGACGUAUGAUGCGUUUGUCCUAGCAACUAACCUGCAAUGCAACAGCUCUGAGAGUCAACAUGUCCUCCUACAGACGGCCCCAUGUGCUCCAGUCAGCGUGGAGGUCUCCAGAGACUGUGCAGGGAAUCGUGCGACAGUGAUCUGGCAGAGCCUUCAGGCUGGGGGUUUGUACACAGCAGUACUGCAGGGUGAACAUGGAGUCACGGUUAACUGCAGCACCAGCUUUAACAACUGCACAGUAGACCUGCUCUGCGGAGUCAACUACAACGUCACAGUCUCAAAGAAUGAUGGUCACUGCAGGAGUCAGCUGUCCACACCCAUUCAGAUACAGUCAGCUCCCUGUGACCCUCAAAAUGUCACAACUGUGCUCCAGUGUGACACCAACGCGGCUAUCGUGACAUGGGCUGCCAGCGCAGAAGCUAAUGGGUACACGGCAAUAGCAACAGAUGGGCAGCAGCAACGCUUAGCUUCUUGUCACACGAUGGGGACUUCCUGUCAGCUGACCUCUCUGCCAUGUGGGAUGAGACUGAAUGUGACUGUCCAAGCUGAUGGAGCGUCCUGCAACAGCAGCUCUCAACCUAAAACUGCAGUGGUAACAGGUGUCUGCUCAUGCUAACUUUUGCUGAUUCAAAUUAGUCAUAACAACAUUGUGUGUAGAGAAAAUUAUAACAUGAAGUGGCCCUAAAAUGUAUAUGAAUUUCAAUGCAUUCGAUUCAAUCAGCAUUUUCUCAAAACUAACUUUACUUUUCACCCUUUUUUAAAACAAAUAUUAAAUAUAUAAUGUUCAUCACAUUAACAAUGUACAUAAACCCAGUAAACAAUGUUUGAUAACCACAAAGAAAUACCUGGUAAUUACUGUUAUUUCAUGACAUUCAUUCAUUUUACCAAUUACGUUUUGGGGCCACAUGUAUUAC